CCCCCCCGCCGCCGGGUCGCUCGUCGGCCGUAUCCGCCGUCGGGCAGCUCGGUGGCGGGUCGGCUAGUGUAUAGGGCCCCUUAGUAAAUUUACCUUAAUGACUUAAUUGCAUGAACAUCGAAUUAGUGUCAACAUGAAUCAGGCUUAAAGUCCAUGUGAAGAAUGUAACUUCAGAUUCGUAGCUGCCGUUAUCAUCCCCGGAGUCUUCCUCCUUCUGUUUUAUUACGGGCAGGGGGCGUGUGUACUGUAGCAGCAGCACUGCAGUAAUACAGUACAGCAGCAGCCUGUCUCCUGUGCCGCAUGUCCCGGCGGCGGUGGUGGGUCACUAGCGGCAACAGUAGGAGGAAGCAGCGGCAGCAGGAUGACAGGGCAGCAGCUGGGAGACGGAGAGAGGAGCGGGCAGCAGAUGUCGGAGAGUGCGCCGUUAUCUGGGGUGAAGCCCGGCUGUCUGCGGUCACUGAUGCGCCGGCUGCUGCCGCCCCGCUACUGGAGUGAAGUGAGGGAGCAGUGCCUGGUGGCCGGCCCCGUGUGUCUCUCACAAUUGAUGGAAUAUCUCAUUAGUAUUGUGAGCUCCAUAUUCUGUGGCCAUUUGGGGAAGAUUGAACUAGACGCAGUGACACUUGCUGUAGCUGUUAUCAAUGUAACGGGUAUAUCUGUUGGCUCAGGUUUAGCCUCUGCUUGUGAUACACUCAUGUCUCAGACAUAUGGAGGAAAAAAUCUGAAACGUGUGGGGACAAUAUUACAGAGAGGGAUUCUCAUCCUGAUGCUGUUCUGCUUCCCAUGCUGGGCUGUCUUCAUUAACACAGAACAUUUGCUGCUGCUCUGUGGACAGAAUCCAGAUGUUGCCAGGUUAACACAGACCUAUGUGAUGAUUUUUAUCCCUGCUCUUCCUGCAAUAUUCCUUUACCAGCUGCAGAUACGAUAUUUACAGAGCCAGGGUAUAAUGUGGCCACAGGUCAUUACUGGCCUUGUAGUAAAUCUCACUAAUGUUGCUGUGAAUGCCAUCUUCAUAUAUGGUCUGAAUCUGGGAGUAUUGGGAGGUGCUUGGGCCAACACAAUAUCUCAUUAUGCAUUGACUGGUGUGCUUUUAGGCUAUAUAAUUUUGAGAAAACUACAUCUUUCAACAUGGGGAGGUUGGUCCAGAGAUUGUUUACAGGAAUGGGGCGCCUUUGUACGCCUGGCCAUACCCAGCAUGCUUAUGGUAUGCAUUGAAUGGUGGAGCUUUGAAAUUGGAGGAUUCUUGGCAGGUAUCAUUAGUGUUGCAGAGCUUGGUGCACAGGCCAUAAUUUUGCAUUUGGUCACCAUUGCUUACCAGAUACCUGUUGGAUUCGGUGUGGCUGCAAGUGUGAGGAUAGGAAAUGCUUUAGGAGCUGGAGACGUGGAGCAAGCCAAAACAUCCUACACAGUUACUCUUUUGUGUAUAGGGUUUUGUGCUUUGCUGACUAGUUCUCUGAUGGCUGCACUGAAAAAUGUGAUUGCCUAUAUUUUUACCAAUGACAGAGAAAUUGCUGCAUUGGUUUCCCGUAUUAUGCUCAUUGUUGCUCCAUUUCACCUAUUCGAUGCUGUAGCUGGCACAUGUGGUGGAAUAUUACGAGGAGCUGGAAAGCAAAAGAUUGGAGCAAUUACAAAUGCUGUUGGGUAUUACCUUCUGGGCUUACCGAUAGGAAUAUCACUGAUGUUUGCAGCGAAGCUUGGAGUAGUAGGCCUUUGGUGUGGUAUGAUUUUCCCUAUUGUUUUGCAAGUCCUAGUCUUCAUAUCCUACAUAUUACGUAUGGAUUGGGACAAAGCAUGUGAAGAGGCUCAGGUUCGAGCAGGAGUGAAAUCAAACAAAAAUCACCUUGAACUCAGUAUUUUACAAUUGGAGACUUCCAGCACUGGAUUUGGCAUGGUUGCAAAUGGGGAUGUACAGUCCUUUAAGAGUCUGUAUCCAGUUGUGGCCCAAGACAUUACAGGUGCAGUUAUCCUGCCCGAUGCUGUCUAUCAUGAGAAUCAUUCAGAACAUCUGGUGUUAGAAGAUGAAUCAUCAGAACUUUCCAACAUAGUGGGUGAAGUCCUCUCUGCAAAGCAGCUUAUUCUGCGGCGUGGGCUGGCACUGUGCCUAGCUGUGUUUGUGCUAUUAGCUGGAGUCAUCAUUAAAAUUUUGAUAGGCAAUGGAUAAAAGCAAUCCGCACAUCAUAAACCUAAUUAAACCCAUGUGCAGCGGCUCGACAGUGAAGACCUUACACCAGAUUGGCUAAAUGUGUCAUCAGACUAUUGUGAUUUAGAGAACAGUUGUUACUGUUGGAAUUGUCAAAAUAGUUGCAAAAUGCUUUCAGCAAAAAUUCAGUACAGUUUCUGAAACUACCCAUGUACCUCUGACAUAUGUGUUACCCCUUAGGAUAAUUUUAUCUUAAAAAUUAUUUUACUUAAACACAAUAAACCCAAAAUAAAGCCACUAUACGUGUUGAAUGACCCAGCACCGGAUUAAAA